GCUCCUGAGAGGCCAUGCCCAGGAAGAGCCCCGGCAAGCUCCAGGUAUGGCGCGUGGGAAUGCUGCGCUACGAUCGCGCCCUGGCGCUGCAGCGCUACGUGAUGGAGGACCGCAUUCUCGGCCACGACGACGUCCUCAUCUCCGUGCAGCACCCGCCCGCCAUAACCCUAGGCCGCCACAGGCUCUCCCACGCCAUCCUCACCCCCCACUCGGAGCUCCGCCGGCUGGGCAUCGAGAUCUACCACACGGACCGCCGCGGCGAGGUGACAAUGCAUCUCCCAGGCCAGCCCGUGCUCUACCCGAUCGUCUCCCUCCGCGCAAUCGAGAUGGGUCUUCGCAAUUUCCUGGAGGUGCUCGAGGACGUGAUGCUGGGCGUGGCCAAGAGCCAUGGAAUCGAUGCCGAGGUGAGGGUGCCAUUCGAGGCUGGAUGCUGGAUCGAGCGGCAGCGGCAGAUUGGAGCGAUUGGAUUGCGGCUGACGGGCGGGGUCACGACGCAUGGAUUGGCGUUCAAUGCCAAGCCGGACCUGGGCUACUUCUCGCACAUUGUCCCGUGCUGUGGCCUCGCGGGGAAGGAGGCGACCUCGCUGGCCAAGGAGCUGGGAUCGCCGGAUAGAGUGGACGAGGAGGCUGUGACGGAGCAGCUGAUUGAUAAGUUCGUGGAGAUCAUGGGGUAUAAAAAGGUGGCCAACCGGAGUUUCAACAUGGAGAAGCUGGUUCCAUCGCUGGACCGGCUGAUUACUGUCAGAGCUGGCGAUGGUGGGCGGAGAUGGCUCUUGAAGCUCAAAGAGAUGGAUCAGCACCAUUAGUUGGAUGUGAUUUCUUUUCCCGAGAUCCACAAAUUCAAAGCAUUGCAAGAAUGAUAGUGCUUCCCUUGCCGUAAGAGCGACGAGGUUCCGAUCUGCUGGAAUCAAACCAGCGACCUAAGGAUGUCUGGGAGAUACUACAGUCCUCCGCUCUACCAACUGAGCUAAGAUCGGUUAUUGUAACUGAAAGGUGGUCUUUUACUCACAUCCUUCAUGAAGGAUAUCGCCAUGAUCUUCCAAAAAUAUUGCAAGAAACUGUGCUGGAUUUUAUCAGGUAAAUUGAAAAUUGAAGCCAAUUCAAUUCUAUAACCAUUUCUUUCUGAUCCCUGUUGUGAUGGGCCAAGGCAAUGCGAUGCAUGGUUGCCAGAAAUCUUUCAGUACAAUACACAUGGACACAAUGGGAGUUUGGGUUUGUUGAUGAGAUUGUGUUUGUACACUUAAAACAGAACAAGAAACCUAUCAAACGAGAAAGAAACAUCUGAUGUGCAGCA